AUGCAAACACGCUGGUCAGUAAACCUCUGUGAUCGUACACGCAUUUCCUAUUCUUACACCACUGACGCACAGAAAAUGGAACCCGGAAAGCACCUACACGUCGCCGUCGUAGGCGUCGGCGGGGUCGGGACCCAAGUUGUCCAACAGAUGAUUGCGAACCCGAUCUACGGGUUCCAACUCGUAGCACUCACCUCCUCCAAACGCAUGCUCACGUGCACCAAAGACGUCUGCAUCAACCCCGUAACAUGGAAAGACGCCCUCAAGGCCAGCGAAACGCCCGUCGACCUCCCCGCGCUCAAAAACACGCUGCAAGAGCUGGUGAAGCAGGGCGAAAAGGCUUUGUUCAUCGAUAAUACGUCUUCGCAGGAUGUUGCGGAGAUGUACCCUGAGUUGUUGAGUGCGGGGAUUAAUGUGAUCACGCCGAAUAAGAAGGCGUUUUCGGGGGAUGUAGGGUUGUAUAAGGGUAUUGUAGAGGCGAGUAGGAGUGGGAGGUAUUUGCAUGAGUCGACGGUGGGUGCUGGGUUGCCUAUCAUAUCGACGUUGAGGGAUCUGGUGGAGACGGGGGAUAAAGUGGUCAAGAUCGAGGGUGUGUUCUCAGGGACCAUGAGUUAUAUUUUCAACAACUUUUCCUCGGUGGAAGGAAGCGACGAAAGCUUCUCCUCGAUAGUCAAAGGAGCCCGAGCACAGGGAUACACGGAACCCAACCCGGCAGAUGAUCUGAAUGGCGCAGACGUCGCUCGGAAAUUGACCAUCCUCGCGCGUAUCAUUCCAGAGAUGAAGGACGAGCAAGGAAAUUUCCCGCUUUUGCACUGGGUACCAGUCUGUGGAGACCACUUCCUUGAUCCAGGACGCCCCUGCGAGCGCUAUUUCCAACGGGGACGAGCUUCGAAGGAGGGCAGUGUCCUCCGCUACGUCGGCGUUGUCGAUGUGAAAAAUAAAAUCGUAAAAGCCGAGUUGGCGAAGUGCUUCGCAACCUCGUUGGGAGGAUCGGACAAUAUUAUUAUGUUCCACACCGAACGCUACGGGAAAAGACCCCUCAUUGUCCAAGGCGCUGGCGCUGGCAAUGAUGUCACGGCUAUAGGCGUCAUGAGCGAUGUUCUGAAGUUGAUUAGGCCAUAG